UUGUUUGUUCCCAAUCCAACUACCUUGCCUUCAUUUCAUUAAUCUAUCUAUCUAUCCCAGUUAUUUCGUAGCUGUCAUUCACUCUUGCAUCAUGACUCAGACUACACCAAAUCAUACACAAACCGUUUCUGGCUGGGCAGCUCAUGAUACCUCCGCCAAGAUUACCCCAUACACCUUCAAAAGAAGGGAGAACGGUGUUACUGAUGUGACUAUAAAGAUAUUGUAUUGUGGAAUUUGCCACACUGACCUCCACCAUGCUAAAGAUGAUUGGGGCAUUACUAUGUACCCUGUUGUACCAGGGCAUGAGAUAACAGGGGUUAUUACUAAGGUAGGAAGUGAUGUGAAAGGGUUCAAAGAAGGAGACAGAGUGGGUGUAGGGUGUUUGGCUGCUUCAUGUUUGGAUUGUGAGUAUUGCAAAACCGAUCAGGAGAAUUACUGUGACAAUUUGCAGUUUGUAUACAAUGGUAUUUUCUGGGAUGGUAGCAUCACCUAUGGUGGCUACUCUGAAAUGCUUGUCGCAGAUUACAGAUACGUAGUACACAUUCCAGAAAGCCUGCCAAUGGACGCAGUGGCACCUCUAUUGUGUGCCGGAAUAACAGUAUUCAGUCCUUUGAAAGACCACGAUUUGGUAUCAUCACCAGGGAAGAAAAUUGGUGUGGUUGGUUUAGGAGGUCUUGGUCAUAUGGCCGUCAAAUUUGGCAAAGCAUUUGGUCACCAUGUUACUGUCAUAAGCACUUCUCCCUCCAAAGAAGCUGAAGCUAAGGAACGUUUGGGAGCUGAUGAUUUCCUACUCAGCUCCAACCCUGACCAAUUGCAGGCUGCAAAGAGAAGCCUAGAUUUUAUUUUGGACACUGUAUCAGCAGAUCACGCUCUAAUGCCCAUCUUAGAAUUGCUCAAAGUAAAUGGAACUUUAUUUAUGGUGGGUGCACCCGACAAGCCUCUCCAAUUGCCUGCUUUCCCAUUGAUAUUUGGGAAAAGAUCAAUAAAAGGGGGCAUCAUAGGAGGAAUAAAAGAAACGCAGGAAAUGUUGGAAGUUUGUGGGAAGCACAAUAUCACGUGUGACAUUGAGUUAAUCAAACCAGACACAAUCAACGAGGCUUUUGUGCGCCUUGCUAAGAACGAUGUUCGCUACCGUUUCGUCAUUGACAUUGCUGGCACCUCAAAAAUCUAAUCCCGUUGUUGGAUACUAUUUGUUUAAAAUAGUCUUUCUUUUAGGUAAUAAGUCCUAAUAUCUAGGAAGAUAUAUCUCUUCAAUAUAAUGUAGGUUCUUUAAUUUUGAAUUGUAAUCACCACGUUAUAAGCUGGAAAAGUGUGGUCUUAUGUUUCCCUUCUGUUUUGUAAAGGCUAUAGUAGCCAUUUUGCCGAAGUUAAUAAAUUAUUCUUCCAGCUAA